AUGGCCGCGGCCGCGGGGGGGGGCCCGGCCCGCACGGCCGAGGAGCCGCCGCCAUCCGAGCCGCCGUCCGAGCCCAAGCCGCCGCCGCAGCCGCCGCCCGCACACGAGUUCUCCUUCCUGCCGCUCGUCCACGACAUCAUCAAAUGCAUGGACAAGGACAGCCAAGAUGUUCACCAGGUGCUGAAUGAGCUCAAGAACAAGUUCCAGGAGAUGAGGAAGCUGAUCAGCUCCAUGCCUGGCAUCAGUGUGAGCCCAGAGCAGCAACAACAGCAGCUGCAGAGCCUGCGGGAGCAGGUCCGGACCAAAAACGAACUGUUGCAGAAGUACAAGAGCCUUUGCAUGUUUGAGAUCCCCAAGGAGUAGGGAGGGUGCAGCUCUGCUGUCAGGUCUGGGAUACUGAGAUACCUCUAUCCUGGCUGAGCAGGAGAAAUAAAGGUGGCAGGAGUUUACUUCUC